UCUGUAUACGUUAGACGUACUUGGCAAACUAACAAUAAUUUCACAUACAAUUCAGGAUUGUUUGCUAGCCCUGGUAUCUGUUAUUUUCAUUCAUCACUGUUGUCUAUCCAGUUUGCAGCUAACGUUAGGUGCUGUAACUCUGAAGUGUAUUUAAGGUUCGCUAGCUAACAUAGCUUGCUCACUCAUUAGAUUACCCCUGGCAAAUGCUAGUGUUUUCGUCGCAGUCUCUGCGCUGCUUCCUCGAGGUGCUGCUCAAAUUUCCGAGGAGUUUUCAGUCGUUUCCGAAAACCGUGCAAAAUGCCAGCCGCACUCGCGGAUACUAGUCAGAUUAUCUGCGAAGUCUGGGCCAGCAACGUGGAGGAGGAAAUGAGGAAAAUCCGACAAAUUAUCCAGAGUUAUAAUUACAUCGCCAUGGACACCGAAUUCCCGGGAGUGGUGGUUCGGCCCAUCGGGGAGUUCCGCAGCACGGUUGACUACCAGUAUCAGCUAUUGCGCUGCAAUGUGGACCUGCUGAAAAUUAUACAACUUGGACUCACGUUCAUGAACGAGGACGGUGACUACCCCCCAGGAACAACCACCUGGCAGUUCAACUUCAAAUUUAAUCUCACAGAGGACAUGUACUCCCAAGACUCAAUAGAUCUGCUCCAGAACUCUGGGUUGCAGUUCAAAAAGCACGAAGAAGAAGGAAUCGAUACCCUGUACUUUGCAGAGCUCCUGAUGACGUCUGGUCUGGUGCUGUGUGAAAAUGUCAAGUGGCUCUCCUUCCACAGCGGCUAUGAUUUUGGAUACCUGGUGAAGCUUCUCACAGACGCCCGGCUGCCCGAAGAGGAGCACGAGUUCUUUCAGAUCCUCAACCUCUUCUUUCCCGCCAUUUACGACGUGAAGUAUCUCAUGAAGAGCUGCAAGAACCUGAAGGGUGGUCUCCAGGAAGUCGCUGACCAGCUGGAGCUGAAGAGGAUUGGGAGGCAGCACCAGGCCGGCUCGGACUCCCUGCUCACGGGGAUGGCCUUCUUCAGGAUGAAGGAGUUGUUUUUCGAAGACAACAUUGAUGAUGCGAAGUACUGCGGGCGAUUGUACGGCCUGGGGUCUGGCUCCUCCCAAAACCAGAACGGCAUUUCCUCUUCCUCCCAAGAGGAAACCAACAACAAACACUGACCCGAAGAGGCCAGCGGCGCCAGACAGACCAUUGGCUUGUUUUAUCCCAUCCAGUAGUUGUAUUGAUCCCCUCCAUCCCACCCCACCCGAUGGCAGUAAUGAAUUUCUGUAAGAUUUCCACAGCUAUAAAAGGACGUUGGUCUUCACAGACUUAAAAACAUUCCCAGACCCGUUCAGUUUAGUCACAGCUGAUUGAUAUUUCGCCGUUUUCCCCCACAAUCCCCUGCUGAACCUUUCUAGCUUUGCAUUAUGAUGACAUUUGGAUCAUUUUAUCUUUUUUUUUUUGUUUUACAGCAUUGCAGUUUUGAAAUCCAGUCUUUUAAAGCAUGGGACCAGCACUUGUGUGUUACACACUGCUACUGACACCUAGCAUUUCACUGGGAUCAAACGGCAACUGUUUCCCAGAAUUCCUACAUUGCUUAAGAAGUUCUUUUGACCAAUUUGUGUUUCAAGAUCUCUUGCAGAUGUUUGAAGAAUCAGAUCACUGUUGGAUACAUGUUUGUAGGAAUUGUGAUAUUUUAAAUUAUGCUGGAAAGGUAUGUAUAUUAAAAUGUAAAAUUUCAAAGAGCCUGAUACGUUUUACCAUUUUUCCUCUAGUGGAAUGAAAUUUUAGAGUCGAACCUUGCUCGUCUUGUGGUAGGGAUAGGGAUACAUCCAAGGUCUUUGUAAGUUGUACUUAAGUUAUUCGCAGCUACGUUUAAUAGAUGUUUGCGAUUUCUAUUUUUUUUAAUCCUACAUUGUUUUUAACAAUUGUAUAUUAAAAUGUUUUCUAUCUGCUGAAUGUGACAUUUUAGUAUUUAUGUUCUCCGAAGUUUGAGACAUGUUGGUACGAAUGAGAAACAAAGUAUUUUGCCAUAUUCAGAGCACUCUUCCAUGUUCAGUGAAUGCUUUGCUCACUGAUUUAAUAAAUGAUUUUACCAGC